AUGGCAACAACUAAUGGUAACAGAGGAAGUUCUGAUUACGUAGCGGCUACUAGUUCAACACAGGACGCUCAACCCUCACCCCUUGCUAUGCUGGCGGCGACUUGUAGCAAAAUUGGAUCGCCCGCCCAAAGUGAAGAACAAGGGUAUGGACAAGGAGGAGAUGCUGGUGCCAGGGUAGUCGGGGCGGGGCAAGGUGGAAUUGGUGGGAGUACUACAGCAGAUGCAAUCACAGGUUGGGUGCAGUUACCCAAUGGUACCAUUGUGGACUCUACUACAGGCAAGACUGUCAGUGCAGGGAACGUCAUCCAGCAGGCAACAGCCUUGGCGAAUAAUGUCACCGGUCAUCUCUUUGCUCAAGGUCAGCAGAUUGUGGCCACACAGGGUCCGAACGGGCAGCUGACCUACAGUGUCAUGCCCUCCUACCAGACGGUGAACAUCGAUGGACAAGAAGCAUUUAUUAUCCCGUCCUCAGGCAUGGGCGGACAGGCCCAGGUGUCAGCAGCUUCAGUUCAAGCUGCCCAGCAGACCUUCAUUACACCAACAGGCCAGAUCAUUAGGGCGCAGGGCAACCCUGCGGCAGGAACGGCCACAACAAACCUGUUUCAGAAUGUUGCAGGCUUUGGAGGGUUGGGCAAUUUCGUCAACAUAGGAGGAAAUAUAAUCAGUCUUGGUGGGAUGCAGAAUACUGUCAGACAAGGAGGCAAUCUCAUGCAAGCUGUUCAGAUUCCCGGCUUUCAAACAGUUCAGCAAGUCCCCAACCUGAUUCAGGUGCCCGUCUCUAUAAAUGGUCAGACAGUGCUACAGACAAUCCAGUUACCUUCCCAGAACAUUCCAAUGCAAACACCAAUUCAGCAUGUUGGGGGAGGCGGCAUAGUUACGUUUGCUACCAACCCCCAGACAUUACAGACAUUCAUGGCGUCACAAGUCCAGAACACACAUACACAAGGUGGCCAGUCAGAUGACCAGCAAAACCUUCUACAAAGCAUGAAAUCGGAGGUGAAAAUGACCAGUGGCCAGUUGAAUGGUGGAAACCAAGCACAUUCACCAAAGCUUGCCAGUUUGACUUUGGCAGGUAAUAAUAAUGGAGUUCAAACAUUGAACGUAGUGAACACACCCCAAGGGCAGCAAGUGAUACUCACCCCUCCCAACCAAAACCAUGUGUCUCAGUCUUUCCCUACCCUGACUGUGCCCUCCUACCCGCAAGCCAUCACAGCCAGUGGGGCCCCUGUGGUGUCCACAGCCUCCUCCACCAACAACCAGAACGCUGCAGUCUUUCAUAACGUGCUGGCCCAGCAACAGCUACUUCAAAAUCUGGGAGGGAUCCAGCUGACCGCCAACCAGGGACACAUCAACUGGCUUCAGCAUGCCCUGAACAUUCAGAGCCCUCGGCCCUCAGGUGUGCAGGCUGUCCAGCUACAGAAUAUUCAGGCUCUUCAGAAUCUGCAGACAUUUCCUGCCUUGCAGGGUCUUCAGGGCAUCCAAGCUUUGACACAGCAGGGGCAGAUAAUCAAUGGAGGGUCUGUUCCAAACUUGGGAACUAUUGCCAUCGGAACACCAGGGGGAACAGUCAGUGCCAUCCCUCUCAACACUGCCCAGGGAGCCAUGCAUGCUGCCACUGCCACCAUGGGAGGUCAGCAAAGUGUUAUAGCUGCAGCCCACAUCCAGCAAGACCCAAAUGACCCGACCAAAUGGCAGAUUGUCAGCAACACUGUACCAGCCACACAGUCUGUCAACGUAUCCACACCCAUGUCUGUAACAUCCACGUUAUCCACUGGUUCAGGAGGCUCAGAUUCAACCCCCACAGGCAGGAGAGUGCGCAGAGUGGCCUGCACUUGCCCAAACUGCACUUCCACUGAAAAACAUACUGGUGAGAAUAAGAAGAAGCAGCAUAUCUGUCAUAUCCAGGGAUGUGGGAAAGUUUAUGGGAAGACUUCGCAUCUGCGAGCACAUUUAAGGUGGCACUCUGGAGACCGGCCAUUUGUCUGUAACUGGUUGUUCUGUGGGAAACGUUUCACAAGGUCAGAUGAGCUGCAGAGACACAAGCGAACACACACAGGGGAGAAAAAGUUUCAGUGUCCGGAGUGCAACAAGAGGUUUAUGAGAAGUGACCACCUGACAAAACACAUCCGAACACACAACACCAAGCGGCAGAUCCCAGGGGACGCUGUGUCAAGCACACAAGGUCUUGAAUUGGAGCAUCACAAUUUAGAUGAUGAAGAGGAGGAGGGAAUGGAAGAAGAUGGCGACGAAGAAACUUGCAUCAUUGAGGAAGACACCAAAGUUUUCCACAUAUCAGUUUCUGAGGACAAAGAUGAUGAUGGUGAAGAUGAUGAGGAAGAUGAUGAUGACGAUGAAAGAGAGUCUGGAAACUUGACAUAA